AUGAUGAAAACCUACCCCGCCCCCCGGGGCCCUUCCAUAGUCCCCCCUGCAGGCCCAGACACCACCCUCCCCCUCCCCCGCAUCCUCUGCCUCCACGGCGGCGGGUCCAACGCGCGCGUCUUCCGUAUGCAAUGCCGCGUGAUCAUCGCCCACCUCCGCCCAUACUUCCGCCUCGUCUUUGCCGAAGGCCCCUGGGAAAGCCCCUCCGGCCCCGACAUCGACCUUGUGUACGGCGACUGGGGCCCGUUCAAGAGCUGGUGGCGGCCGGCAGCGGGGCAGCCGUUCGGGGCCGCGUACGAGCUGCGCGACUCGCUCGAGGCGUUCCAGGGCGCCGUCGGCGAUGCGCUGGACGAGGACGAUAAGCUGGGCGGCACGGGCGAGUACGUGGGUGUGCUGGGGUUUAGUCAGGGGGCCAAUGCGGCGGCGAGCGUGCUGUUGCAGCAGCAGAAUCAUAAUCUGUUUGGGACGGCGAAUGGGCAGGCUACGGCGCAGAAGGUCAAUUAUCGGUUUGCGGUGCUUAUGGCGGGGCGAGGCCCGCCGGUGGAUUUGAGGGUGGGUGUGCCUGCGGAGGCGAAGUUGGCGUUGAUGACGGUGCAUGUGCAUGGGGUGUUGGAUCCGGGGUUGGAGCGGCAUCGGGAGUUGUUGGAGGAGUGGUGUGAGGGGGGGGACGACGAGGUUGGUGGAGUGGGAGGGCGAUCAUCGGUUGCCAUUUAA